AUGCAGACACCCGCCAUCUCCGCCGUCACCAGCCAUACUACCACCACCAGGGCCAAUGACGAUAUCAUACUCGUUACCUGGGAAGAGAAUGAUCCGACAAAUCCUAUGAACUGGUCCAAAGCUAAGAAAUGGCGGACAACCAUUCUUCUUUGCUUCAUGUGCCUGUUCAUUGGCUUGGCAACUGCAGCUUUCUCCUCUGGCAUUGAAAGCAUGUGCGAAGAACUCGGCGUAGCCACUGAGGUUGGCCGAGUUGGCAUGUUCGUGUUCAACGCCUCAUUCGCCAUCGUUCCCAUGUUCCUCGGUCCCCUUUCCGAGUUCAUCGGCCGCAACCCCAUCUACCUCGGCUGUUAUGCCCUCUUCACCGUCUGGUUUAUCCCCAUCGCCCUCGCCAAAAACAUCGCUACCGUCAUCAUCGCCCGUCUUCUCUCUGGAUGUUUCGGAGCCGCUGGCACGACUAUCAUUCCAGGUACCUUGGCCGACAUCUGGAGCACUGAGGAGCGUGGUCUACCCGUCGCGUUGUUCAGUUUCGUCGCCGUCUUCGGUACGGUCGCGGCACCUCUCUACUCUGGUUUCAUCAACGAGACCAUCGGCUGGCGUUGGAUUGAAUGGGUUCAACUCAUCGCCAACGGCUGUCUCCUCGUCGUCGAACUUCUUUUCCUGCGUGAGACCCGUGGUGCCCUCGUCCUCGCAAAGCACGCCAAGAAGCUCCGCGCUGACACUGGUGAUGACCGCUACCGUGCUCCUUCCGAACUCGAAACCCAGUCGCUCGGUGAACUCCUCCACGCCUCCACCACUCGGGCCUUCAUCCUCCUCGUCCGCGAACCCGUCGUAUUCUUCUUCUCCCUCUGGCUCGCCUUUGCAUGGGCCAUCAUCUUUCUGUUCUUCUCCGUCAUCCCGCUCACGUUCCAGAACCAUCAUGGUUGGAGCCAGGGUGUCGCUGGCCUUCCGUACAUCUCGUCGAUCAUGGGCUGUUUCUUCGCGUUCGCUGCGAGUGUCCACCAGCAGAAGGUGUACGCCAGGAUUAGGGAGCAGAACGGUGGUGUUCCGAGCCCGGAGGCAAGGUUAUGGUGGAGUAGGGUCGGAGCUAUCCUUUUGCCCGUCUCGUUGUUCUGGUUCUCCUGGACUCAGUUCGCCAGCGUGCAUUGGAUCGUCCCCACCCUUUCGCUUUGCCCCAUGGUCUUCUCCAUCUACCUCAUCUUCGACGCUGUCCAAAACUAUCUUGCCGACGGCUAUGGCGAAUAUGCCUCUUCCGCUAUCUCCGCCCAGGGCUUCAUCCGUAACAUGCUCGCGGCGUCCUUCCCUCUAUACUCCACCCAGAUGUUCACCAACCUCGGAUACCAAUGGGGUGGAACUCUCUGUGCGCUCAUCGCCACCGUCAUGAUCCCUCUUCCCGUGAGUUUCUGUUCUUCUUCUUUUUCGACAAUCUCCCUCAGCUCUUCCAUAUCCCUCGUCAUCUGCGACCGUAUUCUGACUUCCGUUUGCUUCUUUAGUUCAUUCUUAUGA